UAUUUUGUUUCCCGUCAGUCGCUGAGAAAGGCAAAAAACAGCUCGUGUGUCACAAAGUGAAUGUUUCAAGAAUUUGUCUCCUGUUGAAUCGUUAAUUUUGUGCCUGUAAAGUGUGUUAUCUUUAGCAAAAAACCGUGCUAGUUCGUAGAUAUAAAUUAAAUAGCUAAAUCUUUUCCCCUCUCUUGUGACGAAAGCGAAACAAAAUACAACAUGGCGGACCGAAGAUCUGGCGGAUCUAGCCGUAAUAAUUUUAACGAUGAGAAAAGCCCGGCCGACAUUCCGCCCAUGUCGCGGUUGUUUAUUAUCUGCAGCAAGACGGUAACGGAGGACAUCUUGCGGGAACAUUUCGAAAAGUUUGGCGAGAUUGAGGAAAUCUGGAUUGUCAAGGACAGACAGUCUGGCGAUGCCAAGGGGGUGGCCUACAUCAAGUUCUCUAAAACGUCCGAGGCGGCGAAGGCACUCGAAGAGAUGAACGGCAAAACUAUUGCAGAUAAUUCCCGUCCGAUCAAGGUUCUGGUGGCAGCCAAUCGGCAACAAGGAUCCCGGAAGCAAACCGAUAAUGAAGAAGAAAAGUAUCUCCGAUUGUUUGUAUUGAUCCCGAAGGAAAUGAAUGAGGAAUCACUCCGGGAAGAGUUCGGUCAGCAUGGUACGAUCGAUAAUAUAACAAUCAUUCGGGACAAGGUCACCAAGGAGGGCAAAGGAUUUGCCUAUGUCAAGUUCAGUCGCUUUACGCAUGCAGCGCGAGCUUUCGAAGAAUGUGAUGCCAAAUAUAAGGCAGUGUUCGCUGAACCCAAACCAUCGAGGAAUUCGUCGGUGUCGUCCGGUGACAAUUUUGCGGGUUUCGGCAGCGGUAGCGGUGCCCCGAAUGGAUUCAUGGACGAGCGCAGAGGUGGUUCCGGAGCAGGUAAUUCUGGGCCAAUGAUGGGAUUCGGAGCGAUGGGCGCUUCAGGAAGUGAUCGUCGAGGCCCUGGGAUGAAUAAUGAUCGAGGUGCCAAUUUCGGAUUUACAACUAGCGGAUACUCGAGCCAGAAUGUGAAUCCAACUGAUACGACGCUUACUGUACUAUGUAGCCCUUCGUUGAACCAGGAUCAGCUCUGGAGGCUGUUCGACAUCAUUCCGGGAUUGGACUAUUGCCAGAUUAACAAUGAUUUUAAUAACCGCAAUGUUACCGCCACGGUGGUAUACAAUAAUGCUCAGUCAGCGUUGUACGCUCGCGAUAAGAUACAUGGCUUAGAAUAUCCACCCGGUGAACGCCUCAUCAUUCGCCUAGGCCAUGAAACAGCCAGCAUGAUGGCCAACGCAGAUCCCUUCAAUGGAGGCGCUGGUAAGAUUUCCGACAGAGACACAUCAUUCUGCAGUGUGGCUUUACCGCCACCAUUGCCAAUGGCCAAUCCGAACGCAGAGGUUGCCCAGAGAUGCUUCAUCGUUUGCAUUCCCAAGGCUCUGCCCAUCAGUGUGCUGAAGCAAACUUUCUGCCGUUUUGGCGAUCUUAUCGAUUUGUAUCUCUUGCCGAACAAAAACUGCGGCUAUGUCAAAUAUGCCAGCGAAAAGAGUGCUAAAAAGGCGAUGGAAACUUUGCAUGGGGCUGAGAUUUUGAGCGUACGGCUCAAGGUACUGGAGGCAGAAGAACCCAGCAAUGAUCGAAGGAAGCGAAUGCGACAUGAAGAACGAAUGGACAAUGAAUAAAUGGGUUCAUUUAUACGUACGUGUUGAGUCGUGCUGCAUGAUAGUUGCAUGAUCGAAAUGCCGAGAAACUCUACCAGAAGGAUAAGAACUAUUUUACCACUUUAACGCUAGUGACGAACGAACAAACCCUACUACAAACAGUACUCCUACUACAUAAAAUACAAGUACCUAGCUCCCAUCAGAUCGAUUAUGAAGAAGACCUCUUGGACUGUGCAAAAGAACGUACAACCACAAGAACAACAAAAAAAUUCGAGACUUUCCUUCAAAACUGCAUCGAUCGAAACGAGAACGUAUGGACCUGUCCGGACGUCAAAUUGAAACUGCACCCAACAACUAUAGAUUCACAUGCAAAACAAAGAACAACCAUUUGAACAUCGCCGGAUGACUUCCCGACUUACACCCACUUUGCGGGACGAAGAGUAAACGAGAGGCCAAGGGAAAUAUACAUUCCCGACAAGACAGGAAGAUGGUACGAACGAACGAGAGAACUAAUCAUACUAAAAAGUUCAGGCGUGAAGAGACGACCAACGGGACUGGCACAACUUGUCAAUGCUCAGAACACUCACAGGGAAUUACGCUACAAACAAGGUGUAUGACCCUCAGCAACUAAGUGCCGCAUUUUCCGUUACUUUCUUGCGUUUUCCCACACGUCCAGUUUACUUGACUUCGCCAAAAAUUUCAUGUUCUUAUCACUAGUUCUUGAUUGUGUUUGGUUCGUUUCUAAAUCCGGUAGGAGUCUUUAUGUUAAUGUUAGUCACAGAAAAAACUUUUAUCACACCUAUUGACAAUUAUUAUUUUCCAAAUUAUACUACUUUAAUGUUAGUCGUUAGAUGCGCCAAGAUUUUUUUUAAUUGUAAAUUAUUUCACAUUUUAAUGCUUGUUUGGAUCACACAAAUGAUGAGAUUAAGAAUUACCAGUUUCAAGUUGAUAAGGCGAAGACAUUUGAAGACGCAAUAUUCAGAAAACUCACUAACGUUAAUUUCGCACUAUACUAUUUGACGCUGUCGUUCGUACAUACUACUCCUAAAUAACAUACACAUUCUUCAUAUACCACGAACAAACAUCAUGCGUGACACUUAGCUACAAAAAGUAUUUGUAGCAAUCAAAGAAAAAUAUACAUUUCACUUUGAA